CCCCUCCAAAACCUCCAUGAACGGGGAAGUGUGCUGAACAGAGAGCCGUCAACCGAAAAGCAAUUCAGCUCUGGAGUCAAAGUACAAGCUUUGCUCCGCACAACAGAACUAAUACGAGACAAUGCAUCGUUUUGCUUCUGGGCUUGCCUCCAAAGCCAAGUUGGCUAGAAACGCUUCCCAUCAGAUUGGGAGCAGGUGGAAUUGGAGCAGGAACUAUGCGGCGAAAGAGGUGAAGUUUGGGGUUGAAGCCCGGGCUUUGAUGCUUAAGGGUGUUGAAGAGCUUGCUGAUGCUGUUAAAGUCACUAUGGGCCCAAAAGGCCGUACCGUAGUAUUAGAACAGAGUUUUGGUGCACCUAAGGUUACAAAAGAUGGAGUUACUGUAGCAAAGAGCAUCGAAUUCAAAAACAGGACCAAGAAUGUCGGAGCUAGCCUAGUAAAGCAAGUAGCAAACGCUACAAAUGAUGUUGCUGGAGAUGGAACAACCUGUGCUACCAUUCUUACACGUGCAAUAUUCAGUGAAGGAUGCAAGUCAGUGGCAGCUGGAAUGAACGCGAUGGACCUACGGCGAGGCAUCUCAAUGGCUGUUGAUUCUGUAGUGACAAAUUUGAAGAGCAGAGCUCGUAUGAUCAGCACUUCAGAAGAAAUAGCACAGGUGGGGACAAUAUCUGCAAAUGGAGAAAGGGAAAUAGGAGAAUUGAUUGCGAAGGCAAUGGAGAAAGUGGGCAAAGAGGGUGUUAUAACUAUUGCGGACGGGAGAACACUUGAUAACGAACUGGAGGUCGUGGAGGGAAUGGAAUUUGACAGAGGCUACAUAUCCCCAUACUUCAUAACCAAUCAGAAGAACCAAAAAUGUGAAUUAGAAAACCCGCUUGUUCUAAUUCAUGAGAAGAAGAUUUCAAAUUUCGAUGCCAUAGUCAAAGUACUGGAGUUGGCCUUGCAGAGCCAAAGACCGUUACUAAUUUUGGCCGAAGAUGUGGACAGUGAUGCCCUUGCUACUCUGAUCAUAAACAAAAUCCGAGCUGGAAUCAAGCUUUGUGCUGUCAAAGCGCCUGGUUUUGGAGAGAACCGAAAGGCAAACAUGAAGGAUCUUGCAAUCCUCACAGGUGGUGAGGUAAUAACAGAGGAGCUUGGGCUAAACCUUGAAAAAGUAAGCCCGCAAAUGCUUGGGUCAUGCAAGAAGGUUACGAUAUCGAAGGACAAUACAGUUAUUCUUGAUGGAGCCGGUGACAAGAAAGCUAUUGAAGAGAGAUGUGACCAACUGAGGUCAGCAAUGGAGUUAAGCACGUCAGACUACGACAAGGAAAAGUUACAAGGGCGACUGGCGAAACUUUCUGGUGGCGUUGCUGUUCUAAAGAUUGGAGGAGCUAGUGAAGCAGAAGUCGGUGAGAAGAAGGAUAGAGUCAAUGAUGCAUUAAAUGCUACAAAGGCCGCUGUAGAGGAAGGAAUCGUGCCUGGGGGCGGAGUUGCUCUCCUUUAUGCCUCAAAGGAACUGCAUAAACUGCAAACAGCAAACUUCGAUCAGAAGAUUGGUGUUCAGAUAAUUCAGAAUGCUCUCAAGAUGCCGGCAUACACAAUAGCUUCAAAUGCAGGAGUUGAAGGGUCAGUUGUUGUGGGCAAGUUAUUGGAGCAGGACGACCCUGAUCUUGGGUACGAUGCAGCUAAAGGUGAAUACGUGCAAAUGGUGAAGGCAGGGAUCAUCGAUCCGUUGAAAGUGAUCAGGACAGCAUUGGUAGAUGCAGCAAGUGUUUCAUCAUUGCUGACAACAACCGAGGCUGUCGUGGUCGAACUUCCAGAAGACAAGAAGGAAACUCCGGGGAUGGGACCGGCAAUGGGCGGAAUGGGUGGUUAUUAGGACACAGAGCCAUUCCUGAUUAGGGGAUGUUGGUUUGAAUUGAUUCGAUUAUAUACUCGCCAACCGAUUUUGUUCUAAGGCGGGAAUCGUUACACAGAAAAUAUCAAAGAUAAUUCUUACGCGGUUAUUUACGGACGGGUUCUCCACCUUGUUAUCAUUUCACCUAUGGAUGCCAUGCCUUCAAUUUAGUGUCUUUUACGGUAUA